CUACGUGGAUAUGAUAUCACCUACAAUAGUUAUGGAGGAUACCUACCUAAUAAUCAGUGCCCGAUGAGGUAGUUAGGCACCCCGCCGGCAGUUGAUAUCUUUUUGUAACAUUGUCUCUUUACUCCCUGUUACAUAACUAGCCUGCGUUUUAGCGGAACUCAUCGGGUUGUUACAACUCAGCGAACCCGACCUGGAGAUACACCAAUUCGGGUGUGUACAUUAUCGGAUGGGGCCAAACGCCGGUCUGAAAGGUUGAAGACUGGGCGAAUCCACCACCAUCACCACCAUCAGCUAGGAUACUUGGGAUUUCCUGGUAUGACAAAGCAGACGCACACCUUGGCGGGAGAAACAGUGAAAGAGAGGAAGAAGCAGACACCGCCUCGACCAAGUUCGAGCGUCGUUCUGUUGUCUCCGGAAAACCAAGUGUUAUUACUGCACAGAGUGAAGACCUCUUCGGCAUUCCCCUCUGCGCACGUAUUUCCUGGGGGGAAUCUCUCUGUAUUCCACGAUGGGGAGGUUCCAAGCCCAAGCGAUGCCAAGAUACAUGAAGACUCGCUCUCGUAUAGGCUAGGCGCCAUCCGGGAAACUUUUGAAGAAAGCGGGAUCCUGCUGGCUCGUGAAGGGGACAUAGAUGGGAAGCCCUUGAGCAUUCCCACCGUCGACCGCGAUCAGGCUCGUCAAGCGAUCUACCGAAAUAAGGUACGCUUCGUCGAGUGGCUGGCGAGCGUAGGCGGAGUUGCAGAUACGGAGAAUUUGUUGCCGUUCACUAGAUGGAUAACGCCUCUCGCUCAGCCGCGACGCUUCACUACGCAGAUGUACUUGUAUAUGCUCCCGCUUUCGACGAUAGAUGACACCGCCAUAUCGGCCGCGCGAUCCGAGGCCAUCAUUCCUACCCCUGAUGGCGGCGCGGAGAUCACCGCUGCGCGGUUUGACGAUGCAAGCACGUGGCUAGAGAAGCAGCGUAACGGCGAAAUUGUCUUGUUUCCACCCCAGUGUUUUCUACUUCACCUGUUGUCGCAGUUUAUGGUAGGCCCCCCCGCGGAUUCGCCCAGUCCCUCGGAAUUGGUAGAGCAUUAUCGCUCCCAGCGAGAGAGGCUGAGGGGAUUCUUGAAUACCGUGCCAACGGCAACCGAACCCAGAGCUCUGAAACAUCCCACGGCCCAAAUUCCUUGGGGGGAGAAAACCAUUAGUCCUACUACUCUGGGCAUACGGCAAAGCGAUAAGAGGGCAAUACUGGGACUUGAUAAGCCUGGUCCGGAACUGAAUGGUUCGGAUAAGGGUGGGGAUUGGGAAAGAGUGGUAUUGGUAAGAUUUUCCAAAGGGGUAGCCACGGAAGUUGAGGUGAGGGGUAGAGAAGAGGUCCUGGACGAAGAGAGGCGCCUGGAGAGGCUGAGUAAGGAGACGAAGUUAUAAUACAAGAGUCUCGAAUGAUGGUAUGAAUUCAUAGCUAUGACUAGGUACAUUAUCACUCAGACUGACAAAAUGUCAGGUGGAAAUCAUAUUCUUCGAGCCCA